AACAGAUCCCCCAAGCCCUUGACCUCCUCCUGAGAGAAGAGUUGCCACAAUGAAAUGGAACCAAACAAUCUUGGAUCUGGUGGAGCAAAUCUUGUCUGAGUUCAGGCUACAGGAAGAAGACCUGAAGAAAGUGAUGAGGCGGAUGCAGAAGGAGAUGGACCGAGGCCUGCGGCUGGAGACCCAUGAAGAAGCCAGUGUGAAGAUGCUCCCCACUUACGUGCGCUCCACCCCAGAGGGGUCAGAAGUGGGAGACUUCCUCUCCUUGGAUCUGGGUGGCACCAAUUUCCGGGUAAUGUUGGUAAAAGUAGGAGAAGGAGAAGAGGGUCAAUGGAGUGUGAAGACAAAACAUCAGAUGUACUCCAUCCCUGAGGAUGCCAUGACAGGCACAGCAGAAAUGCUAUUUGACUACAUCUCUGAAUGCAUUUCUGAUUUCCUGGACAAACACCAGAUGAAACAUAAAAAGUUGCCUCUGGGCUUCACAUUCUCCUUCCCUGUGCGGCAUGAAGACAUUGACAAGGGAAUCCUUCUCAACUGGACAAAAGGCUUCAAAGCAUCAGGUGCUGAAGGGAACAACAUAGUCGGACUCUUGAGAGAUGCUAUCAAGCGGCGAGGGGACUUUGAAAUGGACGUUGUUGCCAUGGUCAACGACACAGUGGCAACAAUGAUUUCCUGCUACUAUGAAGAUCGCCAGUGUGAGGUUGGCAUGAUUGUUGGCACAGGGUGUAAUGCCUGCUACAUGGAAGAGAUGGAAAACGUGGAACUGGUGGAAGGGGAUGAAGGCCGGAUGUGUGUGAACACCGAGUGGGGAGCCUUUGGGGAUGCUGGGGAACUUGACGAAUUCCUGUUGGAGUAUGACCGGGUGGUAGACGAGGCCUCGCUGAAUCCCGGUCAGCAGCUUUAUGAGAAGAUCAUCGGGGGCAAGUACAUGGGGGAGAUCGUGAGGCUGGUUCUACUGAAGCUGGUGGAUGAGAAUUUGCUCUUCAACGGGGAAGCAUCUGAACAGCUGAGGACCCGAGGGGCCUUUGAGACCCGUUUUGUCUCCCAAGUGGAGAGCGAUUCUGGGGAUGGAAAGCAGAUCUACAACAUCCUGAGCACCCUGGGACUGCUCCCCUCCAUGACGGACUGUGAUAUUGUGCGCAUGGCCUGUGAGAGUGUUUCUACCCGGGCAGCCCAGAUGUGCUCAGCAGGGCUGGCAGGUGUCAUCAACCGAAUGCGGGAGAGUCGCAGCGAGGAGGUCAUGAGGAUCACCGUAGGUGUGGAUGGCUCCGUCUACAAACUGCACCCCAGCUUCAAACACCGAUUUCACGCUACUGUGCGGCAGCUGGCACCCUGUUGUGACAUCACGUUUAUCCAGUCAGAGGAGGGCAGUGGCCGGGGUGCUGCGCUUGUCUCUGCUGUGGCCUGCAAAAAGGCCUGCAUGCUUAACCAGUGAAGGCAGGUGUGGCCCUUACCUGCCUAGGCAUCUGCCAGGGGCAGUGUUCACAGGAAGCUGCUUCCUAGCUCCUUCAGCCCUUGGUCCAGGACAGAACUUCUGCCCCUUCCACUUUGAGGAGGCUGGGCUUUUGCUGAUAGCAAGUGCCGUGGAAGAUAUACUCUUGGGGGUUGUUCCUUCUCCCAAAGGAGGAAGCUGAGGGGUGCAGAGCAGCUUGUUUCUCUCCAUGGAUGUGGGACUUGAGAGCCUGUGGUAUCUAUGUGCCGUACUCAGCUCAGGACCAGGGGGAAAGACCUGGCAGAGAAGGAAUGGCCUCAAACAGAUUUGUAACUAGAUUUGCGUCUGGAUCAAGGGAAAGGAAGAUGCUGGGGGGAAUUCACUUGGGGUGCAGCCAUCGGGGGAGAAAUAUACUCCAGGGCACCACAAGAUUUCUAUGCUGCUGAAGGACUGACUUGUACUGGGUGUCAGUAGGUGGCACGGGGGACACUAGAGGCCAGAGUUUAGCCAACAGAGGAAGAAAGUAUGCCCUGGGACAGGUGCCUUGGGGCAAAAUCUUUGUAAUUCCUCUCUAGUUAAUAGAUCUGUCCUUAAAGAAUGACCUCCUACACAACUCCAUCCAAGCCCACCAACAUAGCCAGGACAUUGUGUCUCCCUCCCCCAGUGUCCUAUCCUCUCUUCCAAGCUGGUAGCCAGGGGCUUAAUUGAAACCUAGUAGUGGCUAAGGAUGGUCUAUUCCUGUAAGAUGGUGGGUGUGGCUUAGCCUGAUCCUAGGGAUUCUAGUUCUCCUGAUGACACCACAGCCAACUUCCUUUUUAAUAGCUGACCUGUAUAUGCUUGCUGCUCCUAUCAGGGAAAGCUCCUGGAUCCCUGGCAUGGCAAGUCAGCUUCACUAUAACCAUCCAGACCUUGCCAGUCUGCUCCCCACUAGGGUCACUAGUACUCAGGAGCAUAUGUAUAUCAGCCCUGGGGUUGUUUGGGGCAGGGAGAGUCUGUAUGGGCAUAACCUAGUCUAUUUGUGCCAUUGAGAGAACCAGAGACCACAGAUUCCCUGAAUCUUCAGGCAAGUUGGCAUUCACGUGGGUGGUCCUUGGUCCUUUUUCUCCUGGGAAAUAUACCCAGUAAUACAAAAUGAAACUGAACCCCACCAAGAGGGAAGAAGUCAUCUAAGACCUUCCCCCUGACCCCCACCACCCAAGCUUGGCAAGUCAAUUGAGCCAUACAGCCUCAUGAGGUAUCCCUGCAUGCUAAAAACACAUACCACCUCAUAACCACAACAGAAGACACAAGGCCCUUCCUGCCUCUCUCCUGGCAGGGGAGCCCGCCUAAUCUUCCUAGGGCUCUUAUUGUAAGAGUCCUUCCCCAGUCACUCUCCAAAGGAAGGCUCUGGAGCCAGGCGUUAAUACUGGUAUCUGUAGAUUGUAUACCCAUUGAACCAUGAAGUGCUGAGUGUCACAAACACACACACACACACACGUAAAGCCAAGCCCUUCCUUUUCCACAUUGUAAAACCAGCAUACUCAUCACAAACUCACCACAAUCCUUUAAUU